GAACAUAAACAUGAUCAUUAUCCACUCAAUCAUCACUCAGAAAUCAGCCAUCAGCCUCAAAAAUAGAACACUUACCAAAUCAACCCCGUCCCACUCCCCCUCCCCUCUCACGGCUCUGUCUGUCUUUUUCGCCACCAACUUGUUGGAGGGAGGGAGUUGGGAGGCAGUGAGUGGAAGAGUAAAAACAAAGUCGUGCAAGAAAAUUCCUGCCCUGCAACCCCGUUCUUGUUUGCUCGUGUGCGGAAUUCGCUUUAGCCGUUUUUGUCUGCGCGUCUUUCAUUUUUGGCACUGCGUUCGCGGCGUGCUUUCAUCUUUCAUCGUUUUUCAUUAGUUUUCGUUUCAAUUUUCGCGUCCGUUGCGAAUUUUAAACUUAAGAUUGUCACGUUUGAAUCUUUCUCUAGAUCAAAGAGAAAACAAGCAGACGAAUGGAGGCAAAUUAGCAGCUUGUCUCCCAUAAUUUUGCGAUAUCUACAUACGCAUCAUUAUGGAUUCGUCUGUGCCAAAAAGACGUGUGGUUCCGGUCACCGUCCCCUUCGACGAAUUAGACGCAAUCCUCUUUGAAAAUAACUCUGGAAGACAACAAAUCGCAAGAGUGCGUAAAAAUUACAAAUUGUCGGAGGAAAUGAACGUGACGGAUUCGCUUCCGAAUGUGGAGACCAUCGUCAUUUCGCAUUCUAACCUCAAGGACAAUGAGCUCGGUUUGGAACCAAAACCUAAGAGAUUGAAGCGAAACUUCACCUUUGCUGGAUACAAAGAUGAAUUCGACAACGACCAAAAGUACAGCGCCUCUAAAUACCAGCUAUUCUACAGGGCACUUGAGCAAAAGAGGGAGACUUUCGAGUUCCAUUCCUAUCUAAAAAGAUAUUUGAAUGAUGAAAUUCAACCUGUGAAAAGUGCCGCAGAGCUAGCUUUAAAGGAGCUGCCACGCUGUUCAAUCUUGUCAGCUGGCAAGCAAAAAAUGUACCUCAGACUGAAGGCCAAGUACAAAGGACUGAAUUCUCGUGAUGCUGAAAAAGAUGCUAUUUUUCAAACCCUUUGUAGGGUUGUGCACAGUGAGCAAAGAGAUUACCUCUCCUUUUGCCAGAAUCAGGCAAAAUACUCGAGGCCCAUUGAUUACGAAAGAGUGCUGCCAGGCCUCAUCAAUUACAUUGAGCGCUCACUCUUUCAUCGGCAACAAUCAACUCCUCUCGAGUAUGAAGCCUUUUACCAUUUGCACUCUGUCAUCGACAUGAACAAGUUAACACUCAAAAACUUUGGUUUCAAGCCUAGCAGGAUGCUGAUGGCCCUUGGCCAGGUUCCAUUUACUGAUACAGAGUGCAAAUUCUACAAGGGACUCUCUUUGGAGAGAAUGGCUGAAGAAAUGGAGUUUCUGGUGCCCUCGGACAACUCCUUGGGGUACAAGGCCAGAAAACAGGAUGGACCGUGCAUUUACAAAACUCCAAUUAGCUGUGAUCCAAACGCUUUAUACUUUGGCGCCGAGACUGAAGCUGAAAUUGUGACUUGCUCGAGCGUCAUGGAGCUUCUGGUGGAUAUUCAUCCAUACAGUCUGCAAAACUCGGCAACUAGAAGGGACAUUCCCGUCAUAGUCAAGAUGCUUGACUUGCCUGAUGGCUCUCAGAAGAAAGUGGUCUUUUUGGACAAGGCUCUCCCUCCAUUGGAAAUGACCACUUACGACAAAAAGGUUUGGGCUUGCAAAAGAGCGGUCAGAGAACUUUUUGCAGCAAGUGACAUCAAAGCUUAUAACUUUUCAAACCUUGAUGAAAUUGAGCUGAACAAAGAGAAAGAGAAAGACAAAGGAGAAGAAGAAGAAGAAGCAUCGGAUGAUGAAGAAAUUCAGAAUGCACAGGAGGAAGAUUUCCCCUUAAUGCCACCACCAAAUGCAAAUAUUGUUUACGGAUUGUACAGCAUCGAAGAACGCGGACACAGUGUCCGCCCAAUUAACCUUGUAGUAAGGUCUAGUUACCACGCCUAUGAAAUCAAAAGUGGCAGCGAUGAGAAAAAUUAUUUGCAUUUCUCUGUGAAGUUAGAGGAGCAGCCCGAAUACGGCGCUCAGUGCACGACGAUCAGCGAAGUUUCUCGAGAGUGGAUGGCCUUGUCGCUGCGCAAAGGAUCAAUGCUAUGCAGAGUGCGCGUGGAUGCCAAGACACUGCAAGUAAUUCAGGUGCAGAAAAUGAGAAUGAAGGCGCUGAAGCAAGAGUGCAAAUCUCGUGGAAUGCACAUCAACUUCCGAGCGGCCACUUUGCACCAUGUUUUUAGCGAGCUGACGGAACUGGAGCCCGGCAGCUACAUUUUGCAACUGAUCCCCAUCGAGGGUGUGGCCCGUCUACUCGAACAUGACACCACAGACACAAACCUCCGGGGGGGCAGCUUCUAUAACCUCCACUUGCAUUUCCACAAGUCAAACCACUUGAUCGGCCCCACGAGUCACAUUCCAUACUCUCUGAUUGACCCUUUGGUGGCCACUCCAUAUCAUGUGGAGCACAACAGGGUGCCAGCCACUUUUGAGCCAAAAAUCGGAUUCCCAUCUAAUCCCAUUAAUCCUCAUAUUGGCAAUCCUGAACAACUCGUGGCGACGACUGAGCCGACUGAAGAGGGUAAUGAAGAUGGCUUCGAUUUGGAUUUUCACAUCAGUGAUAACGAGAGCUUGGAAGAGUGGAUGGCUGAAAAUGAAACCAGAAACUGUGCAAAACUCCUUGAGGAGGCGCUCGGGGAUACGCUUAAGGAAGCGCUUGAUCAAGUCGAAACCGAAGAGCAAGUGGAAAAACAGCCCGAUUCACCUGAAAAACUUGUGGCAAAUGAAGAGGAUGCCGACAUCAUGCGCAUCAUCAUGGAGAUGCGAGUAAACUCUCCAAUUUCGCACUUGGGCUCUUACGUGGGCAGCAGUGUUGCUGGUCAAGCAGCUGCUGCUUCUCAUCUUACGUUCAAUUAAAGGUGUGCAAAAGUCGGUGCAUCGCUUCCUCACGGCAGAUGUGCUCCGAGCCCUCUCAGGUGCUACUAACCUGCCACUCCGCCGCAAGUUUCUUUCUGCUCGUAAGAAAAAGAGAAAGCCUCCUGUUUACUACUGCCGCCUUUGCGUGACGUCACAACCUGAGAAACUCCACCGUGGCCUACAGAGGGCCUUUCAGUACAGCCUUUAUAAUAAGGCUUAACCAAAAAGCAUCCAAAUGAAAUUAUCAAUUGUAUUGUUACUUAACUUUGAAGAAAGUUCAUCACAUAUUUACAUUGAGAAGUCUUCUUUAAACUAUUCCAAAGUUGAAAUUAUUAGUGAAUAGAUUUUUGUACCAUACAUGAAUUAUUUUGUUUCAUAAAUGCAUUUCACAUCUGCAGGUUUUCAUA